AGAGUCAGGUCAUUAGCAGGCUUUCUCGGUUUCUCGAGCUCAUACAAGUCAAUACGCUCGUGAAUGAGGAUCUCCAGCUGUACACUCGGUAGUUGUCCAACGCGGGCUAUUGGGUUAUGUGCAUGGUGGUUUCGUUCUCUUACCAAUAACUCUCCAAAGGCUUUUUCGCAAGUGAUGAAUAUUCUGAAUUGCGUGGCUGAGGAGACCUGCGGCUGAUACCAGUACAAACUCACAGGUUUCCAUUUUCAUUGGGACACUUUCUUCAUCGGAGAGAGAGAGAGUCAUCUUCAUCGGAGAGAGAGAGAGAGUCAUCUUCAUCGGAGAGAGAGAGAGAGUCAUCUUCAUCGGAGAGAGAGAGAGAGUCAUCUUCAUCGGAGAGAGAGAGAGAGUCAUCUUCAUCGGAGAGAGAGAGAGAGUCAUCUUCAUCGGAGAGAGAGAGAAGUCAUCUCGAAAGUGCGCGCUUUACUCUAGUGGGGAAAAGGGAUAUUACGGAUUCUACGUGCAGUUUUUCAUUCUGAGGACAACAUGCCUCAGACGCCACUGCUGACCGGCAUGAUGGUCUCCAGGGGUUACAAUAAUAAGAACCUGUACCAGAGUCCAAACCAGACCAAGGAGGAGGGAUACGGUAACGCAGGACUGUGUUACCGUGACAACGCUCUUGUGUCGGGCUCACUGGAGGCCCUCAUACACCACCUGGUCCCUAGUAUGGACUACUACCCUGACAUGACUUACUCUUUCACCUUCCUGCUCUCCUCUCGUCUCUUUAUCCACCCCUACGAGCUCAUGUCCAAGGUGUGUCACCUGUGUGUGGAGCAGCAGAGACUGAGUGACCCUCACGCAGACAAGAUGAGGAUCAGGAAGUUGGCUCCCAGGAUCCUCCAGCUGCUCCAGGAGUGGACAGAGACGUUCCCCUACGACUUCAGAGACGAGAGGAUGAUGAGGAGCCUGAAGGAGUUAACCCAACGCAUGGCCUCGGGAGAUGAGCUGUACAGGAAGGUGGUUCACCAGAUGAUUCAGGUCCUAAUCAGGAAGCUGACUACUCUGAGCCAGUACGAGGAGGCCCUGGUCAAGGUCAAUGCUACAGCCACAGACCGACUGACUGUGCUCAAGGCCAAGCCUCAGGCCAUCCAGAGGGACAUGCUGUCCGUCUGUAAUGACCCCUUCACCGUGGCACAGCAGCUCACUCACAUAGAACUGGAGAGACUGAGUUACAUCGGACCAGAGGAAUUUAUCCAGGCGUUUGAGAAGAAAGACCCUCUUGAUAAUGAUAAGAGCUGUUUCAGCGAUCACAAGAAGACUAGCAACCUGGAGGCAUAUGUAGAGUGGUUCAACAGACUCAGCUUCAUGGUGGCCACAGAGAUCUGCAUGCCCGUAAAGAAGAAGCAGCGAGCGCGAGUCAUGGAGUUCUUCAUCGACGUGGCGCAGGAAUGUUUCAACAUCGGCAACUUCAACUCCCUCAUGGCCAUUAUCUCUGGGAUGAACAUGAGUCCUGUGUCUCGACUGAAGAAGACCUGGAGCAAAGUCAAGACGGACAAGUUUGACAUCUUGGAGCUCCAGAUGGAUCCUUCCGGUAACUUCUACAACUACAGAACAGCGUUUAGAGGAGCGACGCAGAGGUCCAGAACAGCCAACAGCACUAGAGAGAAGAUCGUCAUCCCGUUCUUCAGCCUACUGAUCAAAGACAUCUAUUUCCUGAAUGAGGGAUGUUCCAACAGGAUGCAGAAUGGACAUGUAAACUUUGAGUUCAUGGUUUGGAAGAAGGUGGAGUGUCCGUUUGAGAAGGACCGUAAGAUUCUCCAGUAUCUGCUCACCGUACCGGUCUUCAGCGAGGACACUCUGUGUCUGGCCUCCUAUGACAGUGAAGGCCCUGAGAAUAAUAUGGAGAAGGACAGAUGGAAGUCUUUGAGAUCUACUCUGCUAAGUAGAGUCUAGAGUUUCUGAAGGAGGAACCAAGUCAACCCAGUCUGACAACCAAGCUGUGCCCUGUGGGGGUUGUUCAAAUAACAGAAUUCCUGUUUGGAUGGGAAACGACAAUCUGGCCUGUUCUGUUUAGCAGAUCAGGAACUUUUCUGUUCUCCGGUCAAAGAGAGUUUGGUUUCUUCAUGUUGUAUGUUUCCAGGAAAACUUUUUUUCAUCUCUUUUGAAUGAAUUUCUAUACUUACAUUUUUUUUUGGAAACAAAUAAAUAAUAAGUUACGACCAUCGUGAGGAGGAGAGGAAAGUCAAAGGGAAACUUUUGUUGUUGUCCUUUUGGCUACGUCUGUCGAAAACGUAACGAAAUACACCGGGUAUUUACACCGGGUAUUUACACCGGGUAUUUACACCGGUAUUUACACCGGGUAUUUACACCGGGUAUUUACACCGGGUAUUUACACCGGGUAUUUACACCGGGUAUUUACACCGGGUAUUUACACCGGGUAUUUACACCGGGUAUUUACACCGGGUAUUUACACCGGGUAUUUACACCGGGUAUUUACACCGGGUAUUUACACCGGGUAUUUACACCGGGUAUUUACACCGUGUAUUUACACCGGGUAUUUACACCGGGUAUUUACACCGGGUAUUUACACCAGGUAUUUACACUGUUGAUAAAAAUCAUUUUGAAGAUGUAUUUGACUUUCUACAGGAGUUGAGAGUUGGCUGCUGGAUGGCCAACUGAUUCAGUCCUAACGUGUACAACGAACAGGCUGCUCUCGCUCUCU